AUGACCACCGUGGUUGAGAACACGCCUACAGGUGUUAUUUACAAGGCCGCCAAAACAUUCCCUGUGCCUGAUCUAGAUAUUUUGUCACUUUUGUUCGACUCAAAACAUACAGCAGCAACUCCGCAGACCGUCAUCCACAUCUCAGCAGAUGACCCGUCUCUGCAGUUGAACGUCUCACGUGCCAGGACCCUCACGCACGCGACGUCGGCCGCCCUCCGGCGCCACUUCAACAUUGGCGCCGACGGUCCAGGGCGGGACAUAGUCUCGGUCGUCUCAACGGGGCACUACCUCCUGCCAGUGCUCUGCUAUGGCAUCAUCGGCGCUGGAGGAGUUCUUUCGGCCGCCUCGACUGCGUCAACGCCUAGUGAGCUGGCCAGGCAGCUCCUGAGCAGCGAGAGCAAGAUCUUCUGCUGUGUGGAGGGCCUGAAGGACGUCGCCGUCAAGGCGGCCGAGGAAGCAGGCUGGGGCCGGGGUGGCGGGGGCAGGUUGUUGGUCAUGGGUGAGGGCAGAGAGUGGACGCUAAAGGUUGUCCAGGCCGACGGCUCGCUGGGGCGGAGCCUUAUCGAUGAGAGCGACUUGCUUCCCUGGCAGACCAUCACGGACCGAAAGAAGCUGGAGGAUAGUUUCGUCAUCAUGAUAUACAGCUCAGGAACUACGGGUCUUCCAAAGGGCGUCAAGCUCUCGCACCGGAACCUUGUGGCCCAAACCGUCAUACCAGGAGACUUGAUCAGGCAGUCGUGGGGCGGACCGCAGCCUAGUUGGGAUUAUCGCACCCUGGCGCACCUGCCGAUGGCGCACAUCGCCGGGAUCCAGGGCUACCUCAUCAACCCCUUCUACGUGGGCGGGGCGACGUACUGGAUGCCACGGUUCGACUGGCACAAGUUCCUCGGGUACAACAAGCAGUACAAGAUCACCAUCUUCUUCACGGCUCCGCCCAUCUACCUGAUGAUCGCCAAUAGCCCGGACGUGACGGACCAGUUCGCGAGCCUCGAGAUGGCCAUCAGCGGCGCGGCACCGCUGGGCAAGGAGCUGCAGCUCGCAGCAAGCCGCAAGCUCGGGACGGGCGGCAACGUCUUCAUCAGCCAGACGUGGGGCCUGAGCGAGACGUGCGGCAGCGCGACGCUGAUGCCGCCCGGCAUGGACGACGACACGGGCAGCGUCUCGGCGCUCAUGCCCAACAUGGAGGCGCGCAUCGUGGACGACGACGGCCGCAACGUGGAGCCGGGGCAGGCCGGCGAGGUGCUGCUCCGCGGGCCCGUCGUCUGCAACGGCUACUUCAGGAACGAGGCGGCCGACGGGGAGAGCUUCGUCACCGACGACGACGGUGGCCGCUGGUUCCGCACGGGCGACGUGGCCCACGUCCGCGGUGGGCUCGUCUACAUCAUCGACAGGAAGAAGGAGCUCAUCAAGUACAAGGGCCUGCAGGUCGCGCCCGCCGAGCUCGAGGCCCUGCUGCUCAGCCACCCGGCCGUGCUGGACGCCGCGGUCAUUGGCGUGCCCGCGGUCGAGGGCGACGAGACCAGCGAGGUGCCCAGGGCCUAUGUGGUGGCGGACCGGAACAAGAUCGACGCCGACGCCAUCAAGGACUUUGUCAAGCGCAACGCGGCCAACCACAAGCAGCUCAGGGGCGGCGUGGUCUUCCUGGACGCCAUCCCCAAGAGUGCUGCUGGCAAGAUACUGAGGAAAGAUCUGAGGGCGCUGGCCAGCAGGGGACAGAGUAAGCUGUGA